AGGCACAGUGCUAUUCCAGUGUGGGGAAAAUUCCUGAAUUUGGCGCCACAUAGUUUAACAAACGAAGCUGGAGAUGUCAGUAUGUUCAAGCUACGGUCUUACUCGAUAAAUCCGUCAUUGUGACCAACUAAACUGGGUGGAUGCGAAAAUAGGGAGUAUCACGAGAUGAAACGCGUAUAAGCAAAGUGUCAUUCGUUAUAAACAAAUAUGGUGGUUAAUGCAACUUCUUUCACUCUUUACUAUUGAUAUGGGAGAAUGAUUAUAAAGAAGAUUAUAGAUAUAUUCUUGCUGUUAGUGUUCGCGGAAGGCUGCUGCCAUGCAACAGUAUAUCCUGAGCUUCAGGAAUUUGCUGUAGAUGUUGGGGGCAAUUUGACCCUUCCAUGUACAGAUUUAUCCACCAUGUUGCCACUUGCUGACCCCUACUCUGCAUUAUGGGUGCGGGAGGGGCGCGAGGACAGUUUUAAUCGUAGGAGAAUUGAAACUGAUGGGGGUCUCACACUCACAGCCUUGGAACGGGAUGAUGCAGGAAUCUAUGUGUGCAGAGUUGAUGGAGACACUGAAGUAAUUAGGUCAAGAGUCAGAGUGGAAGUUCGAAGUGAGUGUGUGUCACAGAGUUUGCUAGUUCUGCAUGGUUUACACAGGUCUGCAGUACCACCUGCACUAGUAAAUGUAACAGUUCGUCCUUCAACGGUGUUGGCGCUCUUGUUGUGGGAUGUGACAGAUACUGGUGGUUAUCCCAUCACCUACUUCACAGCACAGUUUCGACAGAAGCAUAAUGAUGCAGGCAAAGAGCCUGAUCACUGGCAUUUUGUCAUGCCAGAACAUAUCAGCCCUAAUGUGCGACAGAUAGAUGUGUAUCGACUGGAUCCCAAUACUACAUAUGUGUUCAAAAUCUGGGCCAAUAAUAAUUUGGGACCAGGAGAAGAGACUGUGUUGGAGGCAACUACAUUGCAUGAUACUGAAGAGAUUGAACUGGCUCGCCAUCUGCUGCAAGGAGCCCAGACAUUUGACACCCGUGUUUGGGUGGCUGCAGUGGCUGUAGUGAUGGGGACACUGCUAAUGCUGGCUGUUGGAACUUGUUAUUUGUUGUACAAAGAUUGUCACAUCCCUUCUUUUUAUCAAGAAGAACAAGAAGUGAUCGAACUGGUUCCUAAUAUCAUCCUUAAUCCUGGAUACUAUGAUGAUGAUGCUAGGAUGGAGCGAAUAGAACCGGAUGAGAACUCUAAUGACCACAUGACAACAAGAAUGAACAACAACACUGUAAUACAGCCAAUUCGGGUUUGAUAUAGAAGGUAACGUGCUCUCCAGUAGCCAGGCUCACAAACUUUACGGAGAUCUGUAGAAGGCAGCUGUGACUGGUCAUAGAAAUACACAACUCAGCUUGUUCUCCGUAGUUUAUUCUUGUGAAAAUGUAUUGGAAUUGAGGAUGUGCCUAUAUAAGGGUAAGGUGUCUGUGAGCAAGGUGAUGAACGUGUCAAAUGAUUAUCAGAGGGGAUAAGUAACAGUAUCUUCCACUUUGUUUCAGUUUAGUAUACAUUAAGCUGCUGCUCCUUGGGACUGGUUUCAUAGUGUGCUUGGUGGGAGCACGAUGUUUGGUAUGGAGGUUUUAUCAGGUGUAUUUUGAUCCACUGUUUUUUUGAAGAGAAUUCUCCCUUUGGUAACUGUUGAUUUUUUUAUGGAUUUGCAUCUAAUUAAUCAAACGAGGAUAUAAUCAUUCCUUUAGUUGAAAUAUGAAUAAUGUUGAAAAAUAUGUGUCUCUGUAGUAUGGGUGUCAAGUAUUCAUAAUUGAUAUUGUAUCAUAAACAUUUUCAUGAAAUGUGAACUUCAGUAAUUUUCAUGUAAUUCUCUUAGAACAUUGUUUCCAUUGCAGAGUAAAACUUGGCUAAGGGUGAUGAAGAGAUUUGGUAUUAAAUUUGCUUAACUCUAUAACCAAAAUGAUAUUCUUCAUAACAUCUUGCAAUUUUUUGACAUCACUGCUUCUCAUCAUUCUAAAAUGUCACGACAUGGAGUAAAAUAUUUUAUAUAUUGUCAUUUUAAUGGUCGAGAUGGGAUUUUUUUUCAGCUACCAAUUUUUAUCCGUUAAAGGCUCAAGAUAACUGAAGAACUUCUCUCCUUUCCUGAUUGGAAAAUUCCUCCUAGCCUAAUCUUUCUUCUGACUGUAUAUAAGCUGUCCUUUUCUAAACAACUCCCUUCAUCCCUGAAGAUGGAGACAGUGUGUUUGUCCAAACCAUUGAUAACUACUUAGAAGCACAUAAAAUAUCUGAAAACUAAUUUUAAAAUUGCAACUUUUGUGAAAUGUGGUGCCAUUCAAUAAAAUUGAUGGAUGAAACAGGAAUUUGAACAUCUGAAUACUGAGAUUCUUUAAAUGUCACUAAUGUCAGAGAGGAAUACAGGCUAGAAACCACAAGAAUAAAGAAAUACAUAAUCAGGUACAUGGGUUGGUCAUAAACAGUAUGUCAGGAAACACUGCUCUUUGAGUUUUACAUGUCGAUUGUUGUCUUUGCAUCUGGAAAAGGAACAAAAUAACCCAGACCUUCCUUUGUGGAUUACAGUAGUAUACAAAAAUGUGAAAUAUAAAUAUUACUGUAAAAUAGUCGACGCUUGCCGACGUUGCAGGGACCAUCUCUGGCCCCAUCAUCAGGGUGUCUGAUGUGGCAUGGCUCACUAGCUCCCACAUCCACAUCAGAUGCCCUGAUGAUGUGGACAGAGAUGGUCCCUGAAAUUUUAGUGAGUUUUCACGAUAGGACACGGCUUGUAUCACGAGGAUUUUAUUAAUUAAUAUAAUCAAUCUGCAUUGAACAUAAUAUAAGUGAUUCUGCAAAUGUGUUAAUUCAGGAAUUUGUUGAAUGGUUAAUGAUUAAUCAUGUACUUAAUUAGUUUUGAAUCUCUUUUACGGAAAGUACAUUUGUAGUUGUUGUAUUUGCUGUCUGUGAAACUGGAAUAUCAGAUAAAUAAUCCAUCUUGAUUCUCCAACAUUCUGUAUUAUAAUUACUUUAUACAAGAACUGUGAAUUUCUUUGCUGUAAUGUUUCACUUUUUGUUGGCUCAGGAGCUGGGACCGCAUUCAUUUUUGUCUCCUUUUUGAGUCUGUGAAGUGUCAGGCUCUGACCUGAAUCUCAGGGUAUGUACAGUAUGCUCAGGAGCAGGCCAAACUUGUCAUGAUGUACUAAGACUUUGUUCAGAGUUAUGUUUCAAAACUAUAAAGAAGCACCUGAAACUUACAGAAGAUCCAUUUCCUAUCACUUGACACUUUCCAAACAUAAUACGUUAUUAAAGUGUUCGUUUAUUAUGUACUUCCUUUGUCUAGAUUUGGAGUUAUGUCCACUCAAAAACUAAGGAACCAAAUUUAAUUAUUCACAGUCUAGUGGUUAUUACUCCUGCUUCAUAUUCAGGUGCACCUUUGUGUAAAUCUGCCUACACUAUCUCCCCUGACUUACUGUAGAUUUUCUCAGUUCCUGUAGGCAGGUGGUGCAGUAAUUUACCCUGAGAAAGACCUAAUCCUCCCUUAUAUAAUUCAAGAAAAUGAUCAGUAAUGCCUUUUCAGGAAAAUAUUCCAUUCAUUAGUCAGAAACUCAACAAGAUUUCAAAAAUUUUACAUGUCCCCAACAGGAUGUAUGGUGUUCCUAAAGGAAGAUGGUGCAUGUGAAUCUUUUGUGAUUGUUUGUAUUUAUUGAAGGAUAAACCAUAUUAAAUGGUUUGUUACGGUCCUAUUGAAAAAUUGUAUAUAACUGAAACCUUUUGAAAUAAUUUUUAUGCUGGUGUGUCAAUUAAUUGUCUGUGUUAUUUUAAAUGAGACGUACUUCCAAAAAAAAAUGGUAUUGCAAAUAAUUUUCAUCUUAGAACUUGUACUUAUUCAGAGCUUUAAAUCCUGGAAAAUGUAUUUACAAAUCAGUAAAAGAAACUAUUGCUACACCCCUCUGUAUCAUUUGUGUGGAAGAAUUUUGUAAUCAGUGCUUUGUACAUCUAAUGAAGUACUUGUAUUUAAUCCAUCUGAUUCCUGUCAGCCAGUAAAAGACUGUACUAGCUUUUCAUGUUUUGUGUGGGAGAAUGCAUUUUAAUCUGUGGCUCAGAAAAUGAUUAUAUAGUGUAUCACUUGUAAACAAAGGUUCCUGAAUCCACUUAUUACCAUCCAAGCAAAAUUGUAUCAUUCAUUUUUUUUAUGGAUACCCCUUUUUAUACAUCUGAGGCAGUGUGGUCUAAUUGGCAGCUUGUGGGCAUUAUUCAGCCCAUGACCACUUGUAAUCAGGCCCACAAAAUUAUUUGUUAAUUUGAUACUUUUUACUACAGGCUCAUUUAUUUGCUGCCAUUGUAUAUUAAAGUGCCACAUGUAAUUGGCCUUGUGCAAGUUUUGCAUAUCUCGGAUAUCAUUGUUGCAGGAGCAAAUUUAAAAUAAUAGGUAAUUCUAUAGUAAUUUAUGCACAUUUCAAUAACAUUUUUAAUUGAGUAUGUGCUAUAGUAAUGUGUUAUUUCUGAAUAAGUUCAGGGUGUUUCAAAAUGAUUGAGAUGGUUACAAUUGGAUAUAUUUAAUGCACUGGAGCAGUUCUAAAAAUCAAAUAAAUUGGUACAUAUAGAGAAACACUGAGAGUAUUGUUUAUAUGUGAUCAGUUUGAACACCAUCAGUUACAUUCAUUCAUAUGACUGUGAAACUUGGGUUGUUUCUGUACGUGUACCAAGUUAUUUCUUUGUUUUUAACUGCACUGGUACAUUAAAUAUAGCCAAUUGUAAUCGUGUUAUUCAUUUUUAAACAAGAUGUAUUGUUAAAGAUAACUUAAAUUUGCUACUAGUUUUCUAAAUAGUGCCAAGAAGUGUUUUGGUGUCCUGUUAGAAAAUAUUCUUGGCCCAAGGGAAGAAAAAUGGUGGAUCACUGUGGCAUGCUUAAAGUUUCAGAUCAGCAUCGUUCAUAAUUGGCCUGGUCCUAACAUGGUAUGAUACUUCCCUCCUCGUACCCUUUGUAUGUGGAUAUACAUUUACUCCUUUGUAGAAGUGCUUGUUGCAGUGUUUGUGAAUCUGUGAUUAAUUUUAGUACCAUCUUUCUAAUUGAAUUGAAUAUUUAUUGACUUACCAGUACACGAUGCUGAAUUACAAGGUGAUACAACUUGAUAUAAUCUGUAUGGUUAUUGGGUGGUUUAUUUGUGUGGUUAAGCUGCUCCAGUCACUCUUCAUUGUAGAAUAAAUUUAAAUUUACUUCAAGUCAGUUGGUAUAUCAGGUAAUGAUACAUACCACGCUGUUGACUCAUUUGAAUGUUACAUUGUCAGAACAACAGUCUACUUAAAAACUAAAAUUUGUGAUAUUUUGAGAAGCAUCUCUUUUAGUGAAGUGUUGUUCGCUCUCAGAUGGUGAGAGAUUUUACAUCCGACAAACUGCUCAUAAGAGCAAAAUCCUACGUUUACAACAUGAGAAUGAUUUCUGCUAUAAACAGGCACAUUUAGUUGAUUUAAGUUUGAAACAUUGUAUUGGUUGAAUCUGUGGUGUUAAAUGUAUGCACACAUUCCAUUCACUAUUGAUAUUGUUGGUGUUCACUACAAAAUUAUAUGCAUUUUAAGUAGUGUCAAUUAACGGUUUAAUUGUUCCAAUAAAUUUAGGUAUUCUUCACAUUAUUUAAUGUAGCAUGUGAUGAUUUUUAUGCUGUUAGAACUUCAUAAAUUGUGUAAAGUGAUUGUAUAUGUGUGACAGUACUCUCCACAUCCCACUGUCAAACACAAGCAAAAUCAGUGUAAAUGUUACUCCAAAUCAGUGCUAUUAAUAUUCUGCUAUUCUUUGAGAGAUUAUUUAUUUUUCACACAUUUUUAUUUUGCAGGUACUGUUUUUUGUUCCUUCUUUUAUGCUUUCUUUAAUUUUAUGGGCAGUUUUAUGUUCAAAAGUGAUAUAUGAACUUGCAACAUUCUAGACACUUGGGUUUUCUCUUUAUGUUUUCAUAAAUUAUUUCCUGUGUGUUUCUUCCUGUAUUAUAUUUUUAAAAUGUAGGGUUAUCUUCAGACUAACAAUGUUUUCUUUUUUUACAAAGUAAAACUUUUAUGAAAUAUAAUUUGUGGUAGUUGGCACGUGUGCAUACAGUAAUUGUAGCGUUAUGUGUAGUGUUAUUGGCUUCAGAGAUGAAGUUGAUGAUGUAAACAAGUCUUGGAAAAUGACUGCAGACAUGAUUUUUAUGUAGGUAAUUUUGCAACAUUUAAGCUAUAUUUAUGCACAAUUAAUGCAUUGAUUCAAAAUGUGCAUCAAACCUGCCUAUUGAAUUUCAGCUGAAGUGGAGCUAUUGUUAUAUGGUAGUUGUGUUUUAGAUCGGCAAAUUCUGAGUGUGCCUAAUACAUUUUGCAUGAUUUUUUUAAUGGUAGAAUGUGACAAAUAACAAAUCAGGGAAUUUGAUUGCUAUUUUUCCUUUUUUUCAUUGGAAAAUGCUUAAAAUUGCAUGUUCUGAACAUAUAGAUGAGUUGAUGUGAGUCUGCUUGCGUAGCUCAAAAAUAAAUGGACUUGUCACUACAGUACAAUAAUAAUAAAAGAAAACAAUGUGUUCUGAUGACGUAGCAAGCAGAAGUAAAACCAAGCAGAAUGUUAUGCACUACAUUAUGUGGUUUGUUAAAACACUUAUCUGUCCAGUGCCUAUAUGUAAUAUUGAUAAAUCACUGUGCUUUGGAAGAGCAUCGAUUUGUGUUAAUGGUGUUUAUGGCAAUAUUUGUGAACUGCACCAUUAUGUAAUAGUUACAGUUAUGAUAGCUUAUUUGUCAAGAUAACUGUUCAGUAGGUACUAAUUUCCAUAGCUCAAAAUACAUAAGAUCUGCGUGUUUAUGGGCAGUAGCUAAGUUUUGUAUGGGAAUUUGUUAAAGGAUAUAUUUAGAUUAUAAACUGGUAGAAUUUUGUAUAUUUCAAUGCAUGUAAUUUGCCUUGCUUGGUGAACAUUCAGAAAUUUAAUGCAAGGCUGAGGUGAGUGGUAAAUUGCUGCAUACUGUGUUGUGAAGGAAAUGUUUAUGUUUACUGCAUAUACCACAGCUGCUUUGGCUUUGCAUUAUAUACUUUAUAUAUAUAUAUAUAUAUAUUAUGUGCAAGAAAAAUGAGAGUAUAUAGCAAUAGAAUGAAUGUAUUGUUUUAAAAUGUACUGAGUAGUGAAUUUUUGGAGAUACUUUGUUCUCUACAAAUAGUACAUUUUGACACAGUACAUUAUGUAUACAAAUUGGAUUGUCAAAAAGAGCUAGCAGUAGGCACAAAUAUGUCAUAUCCGAUAAAUGUUGGCCAGCCUUCUCUGAGAUAAUACUGCGAAAGGGGCAGUAUAUAUUGAUGCAGAGCAGGGAUCUGGUCUGUAGCAGUUUGGAACUUGCACACUAACCACGAAUGUGCUGGAACAGAAUUGGUAAUUCAUUAAAUAAACUCUAAUUUUCUGUUCCAUUAUUUGCAAUUUGAGAAUGUGUUUCUGAGUUCUCACUCAUGUAGAAUUUUCUGAUUUUUAAAAAUAGUUAUUGAAGAACUCUUAACAUUUUAAUUAUGUAUCAUGUUUUAAAAACCAGCAUCCUUCAUAGACACCCAUUUAUUUUGAAAGAUUUAUAUGAUUAGCAACUUUAGCAUGAUGGUUACAAAGCACCCGUCAAUGAUCUAUGUUGUGAAGUACGUGGUAUAUACUGAUCUGGAAAAACUAGAAGUAGCUUUAAAGUAAGAUGAUUUUCAUGAAAACAUUGUGCUUUAAUUUGUGAAUAUGUUUACUACAGUUAUGGUUUGUAACAAGGUAUUCUCUGUGUCAUAAGAAAACUAUAGAAGCCGACAUCAUUGACUAGAAAGUUAGUCACUUUUAUAGCGUAAUUAAUUAUAAUAUAUGUCAUUCUGAAAACCGAUCGUCUCAUAGGUAUGUUUUUCCCCCGAGGACAGUAAACUAAAAAAUACAGGAUGUAUAUAUAUAUAUAUAUAUAUAUAUAAUCUGUUAUGAAUGAUUAGAGCUGUUUUAUUUUGUUGCCUGUUAAUUUUGCAAUUUAGACAUGUUUAGUGAAUACUGUUGUGUGCAUUUAAAUAAUUUCUUUCAAAUUUAACUUUUGUAUUGAGAACUGCACAUUCUUAUCAAGUACAUUUUAAAUAUCUGAAAAGUUGUAAGAACCCUAUUUGCACACCUGAACAUUGUAGUCUUUAUAUAUUGCAUCUGUAUCAAGUAAAGAGACAUAAAUGCAUUCAAGCAGUGAUUCCUAAACCUUUUCAUCCAAUGGAAUCAGCACCCCAAAACUGUAAUUAAAUGAAUUCAAGAUAGUUUAUGCAAAAGAAAGUUGCAUGAUAUUAUUGCUUCACACCCAACUUAAAUCUUCUCAAGUAGCAGCGUAAUGUCUUAAUAUGUUAAUGUAAAUGAUAUAAUUUGGAAUUUCUCCAUUCUGUUUUUGGUGGACAGUUAUCCAUAACAGUCAAAAUAUUUGCUUUAAAAUAAAUUUGGCAUGCCAUUCAUUGUAUGUGCAAACUCACUGUAGUAUGACAUAUUUAAGACAUGAACUUCAAACUGUGAGAAUGAGCAUAUUGUUUUUAUUGAAUUGAUCAUCAUAGUGUUGGCAUCAUCAUGUUUAUGCUUCAUUUUUAUGUAUAAUUAAGUAUGAUGAUUCUCAGACAUAUGUGAAAAUAUAUAUUCUGUGCUUAUUUUCUUUGGGUUGUGUUAUGGGUAUGUUCUUCGCUGUAUUUCAUUGUGACUUGCUUGAAUGUGAAAUAGAGGUUAACUUUCAAUAGAUGUCAUCACCCCAGGAGUUUACCACAUGUAAACUUUUUACUGCUGAAUAAUGCACAGCCAUGGUUAAUAUAGUCUAGUACUGAUAUUCAUGUUAUAGUUAGCACAUUACUGGUACUAUCUGUCAUACUACUUGCAUUAGGAUAUUGAUUCGAACUCAUAUGACAAAAUAGCAUUUAUGUUUCAAGUUGUUACCAACAAUUGGCAUGAGAAUAUUUAUUCUGAACAUUCCUUGCAACCAAUUUCUGUUUUUCCACACAAAUGAAAAUACAGUAUUUUCAUGAAUAAAUCCCACAAGAAAAUGGUGCCACUGUGGAUCUAAAUGGCUAAUGCAGUGAAUUAAAUUAAUUUUCUUACUUUUAUUGUUAGUGUUAUUUGUUGAUGAGAAGAUUAUUCCGAUGAUAUUUUUUGGAAUAUUUGUGUUUUUAUUUGAGGGAGUCUAAAGUACUACCAGAUUCCUUAAUCAGUUCAGAAAUAAUUCCCUAAGUUGUUAAAUUAAUGUCAAGUCACAGUGCUUCCUAACUUGCAUAAUUUAUGAAGUCUUUACUGUUCUCAAUGGAAUAUUUUAUCUGAUAUGAAAUUUAUUUUCUUUUUGAAAAUCAUGAUAACUUCCUUUAAAUUAAAUCUUUUCUUUUAUCCAAAACCCAUUUCAACCCAGUUACAGCUUCAGAGACAUGUAGUGAUAUAAAGUAAGCCAGCAUUUUGAAUUAUUAUUCAAUGCAUGCAUUUCCUGCAAAUUUGAAAACUUGAUAUGUAACAAGAUCUUGUUGAAGGAAUUAUUCAUAAUAACGAUAUAAUUUGUAUUAAUCAUGUUUAGAAAGGUUCUCUAUCUUAAUAUAUAACAUGGUAAUGUGCACAUGUAUUACUAUAUAAAAUAUGGACAAAGAUUGUAAUUCACGGUAGAAUGUAGUGCUGUGUUUUAUUUUACUAUGUGAAUAUGGGUUCAUACAUGUCCCCUUUUCAAAACAUAUCCUCCUUGUGAAAGGGCUAAGAAUAAGGAACAGAAGGUGGUGAAAAUCUAAUAAAGGGCCUUGCACCAUGUAUGGGGUAAUUUUAACAAUGUUUCAUACAGUUGGAUAUUUAAAAUACUGACCAUCUUUUGAAAUGUUGUGUUAUCUUGCACUGUCGUGUUGUAUUUCUUUAGCAUUACGUUAUGAACACAUCCUUGCAUGCAGCUUUGGAAAUUUAAGGAAGAACAGAUUUUCACCAGUGACAGUUGUCUGAAAAAAUUAUUAAAUUGGCAACAUUAUGACUAGCAAUUUUAGUAUAAUUUAAUGUUUUCAUAUCUAUAACUGAUGACUCAUGUUUGUACUAUGUUGGUCUUAAAUUCACUAAUUACAUGUCUGUUGCUAAUGUUAUAACCUAUAGAGUUUUGAGGGAUGUUACUAGUCUCUGUUUCUUGCACAUAUGUUUCCCAUUACAUCCGUGUCAUAAACCCAUUUGUUUAUUUUUCCUACCAGAUGAUUUGCGCUUCCAGAUCUGAAUUGUCGUCUAGGUUUUCAGCUUUUACUUUAUCUCGUUUCUGAGAUAACUUCUGUAUAUUAUUGAAUAAUUGAUAGACCAUUAAAAAUCAGCAUUAUUAUAUUUCAUUGUCUUUUACGGCAUGUUUUGUCAGGUAACAGUUUGAACAAACGUGAAACAAGAAUGUGUUUCUUGUAUGUCCUGACCUUUUAAAAAUUGUAAUGAACAUUAUAGACUGAACUAGUAACAUUUCUUAUUUGUGUUGUUCGCGAUUGUUGGGCGUAUAUGUAUAAUGGUUUAUUUAGUUUGCUGUACACUACUGUAUAUUUGUUUCAUGCUCUAGAAUUUUAGAAGCUUUUAUGUAUGGAGUAUUUUGUUACAAUAUUCAUGUUAUGUUAUAGGUUUUAAUUUCUGUAGUUAGUUGAAAUUGCCAAAGAUAAUGCACAAUGCCUGUUAAGUGUGUCAGAUUUCUGGGGCUGUUUUCCUUAAUUGAAAAAUACAGAAACAGAGAACUGUGAACCCUGCAUAAAGGAGCUUGUAAAGUAAAGGCUGCUCAAUAUUAACUCUCACUUGUACUCAGUUUGCUUUACAUAGGUUCAGUGUGAUAAGGCCCUAGUUACCUGGCACAAAUAAGUAGAAUUUCCCUUUGAUAGAGAAAUACAGAACUGUGACCAGUAAUAAUCUUAAUGACAGAAACUGGUGAUUGUUAUUUGUGUGAUACUGAUUUUUUUUAUUGUUAUUAUUGGGAGUAUUUCUAUGGUUGUGAUUUUGGUGCAUAAUUACUCUGCUGCACUUCAGCCUUGCAGAAGUAUUGCCACUGGCACUACUGUUGCUGAAUACCUUUAAAAACAAAGGAUUUCAGUGUGGUUAAAGUAUUUGGUGUUGAUAAAAUUACAGCUUGCUUAUAAAGGUGAUUUUAAAGAAUGUACCUAAAUGCAAUAUUUUUACUGUUGGGUAACAUCCUUUUAUGUACACUUCUGUUUUAACCAUCUAGAAACUGAGUUCAUAGCAAUAUUAAUGUCACAUUAUUUCCUGAAAUUUAUGUUUGAAAAUUUGUCAUUGAGUAGAUAAAAGCAAUUCCUAACUUUUAAAUGACAAAUAAAGUGUAUCUUGCUGUAUGUUACCAAAGAUUCAGAUGUAAUUAAUUCAGAUUUGUGUCAUUAAGUGACAGGAUAAUUGUGAUGAUGAAUUGGAAAUAUAUUGAAGUUGUUGUGGCCUGUUAUUGUGAUGUAGCACACACAGUUUGCAGGGGUUAUGUUUUUGAAAACCUCUGAUUGGGAAAACCAUGAUGCUCAAAGCUCAGACCUUAUGAGAAAAAUAGCGUUUGGGGAACCAAAGCCACACUAAACAUGGUACUUAAUAUAUAUAAUGAUUAAUAAAUAUGAGAGCAUCACUGUUGAUGUUUAUUAGGAUGACAUCAGCAUUUCUAGCUGAAAGUUUAUCAGGGUGAUCAAACACAAGGGCAGCAAUCAGUUCUAAAAACUGUGAAAAAUACAGUUGGAGUACACAACAGCCCAUACCUGUCUGCCCGUCUCAACAUCUAAAUUGAUACUAUACUACAUCGAGUGAGUUUGUGCACGUGUCUGCACAAGAUAGUGAAAAUUGUGAGGGGCCUGUGCUGCAGUGCAAAAAUAUUACCACAGAAAUGUUUCUUUGAAUAAGCAAAAUUGCAGUGCACAGACCCGCAAAUGAGGAGGGUUCGUUAUAUACACAGCACUCGCUUGAGGGGAAAGAAAGCCAUGAAGAACUCUAGAAUAGCUGUUUUGGGCCGAGAUUUGACUUCCAAAAUGUGAACAUAAGCAUUAUGACAUUUAGUGUCAGUUAAUGUUCAGAAUUUGAAAUUGUGACUGAAAGAAGAGGUGGCAUUUUGUAUAGUACUCCUGAGUUGCUCUAUACAGACGUCCUUUAAUAAUACAAGACAUGUGCUUCCUCAGUUCAAAAAUCAUAAAAUCCUGACAUUAAUAAGCUUCUGAACAUCAAGCUGUAGUCACCAAUAAUUUAAAGGAAACAUAUAUCUGAUAAUAUUCAGUGUUUCGUAGUAUCAUUAAUUGUGUGACAGUUAUUAAAAUUGAAGUUGGUUAUUUUGUUAAUAAUAAGAUUAAGAGACAGUAGCAUAAAAUAUAUCAGCAACAUUGAAUUGCACAUCAUCUGUGAAAUAUACUGUUGCUGGCCUGUUGCAAACUUCUGCAAGACUGUUCUAGCACUACACAGUAAUAGUGGUGCAGUACCCCUGAUCUUGUGACAUUUUUAUACAUGACAUAUUAACAAAUAGUUAAGGUUCCUUUAUUUUUUUCUUGUGUAUGUUGAAAAUUUUUCAAGCACAGGUUGUUUUGAUACAAUAAAUGUGUUUAUGAAAAUGAUUCUGAAACUGGUAUGUGCUGUACAAAUGACAGUACUGACCUUCAAAAUGAAAAAAAUUAGUGUCAGAAGUUCAGUUAUAGUACUCUCAAUUUAUGUAAAAUUACCGAAAGCUGUGAACACUUAAUAGUGUGGAGAUUAAUGAUGGAGAUUGCAGUGUGACAUAGCAGUAACUAUUAUUAUAUGUUUAAUUUUUUACAUUGUCCAUCUUGGAGAAAUGAGUUGGCAACAAUUUCAUUUUAAAUCAAUUCCAUCACGUGUAAAAGUAUUUUGUAAUGGCAGUGUCUUACAUUUUGCAAUAUCAUAAUAAAAGAUGAAAGAGUA